AUGGCGUCUAAGGAAAGUACCGUUUCAAAUGCCAAUAAGGGCAAAGCCAGCUACGAGUUUCUAUUGCGCAUCAUUUUUCAGCUCAAGCAAGGGAAAACCAUUAAUUGGAGCGGCAUCAAGAUGAAGGAUCGAAACACAAAGUCCCUGACGAACCAGUGGACCAAGAUCGGCAAAGACAUGGCCGCACUGGAGGAUCUCGAAGGCGACGCUGGCAGUGCUGCUCCCACGCCUACAAAGGGAGGAGCCGCAAAGCGCAAGAUGGCUGUCAAGAACGAAGAUGGCGAUGAAGCUCUGGAGGCUCCAGUCAAGAAACGAGGUAGAGUUGCGACUCUGAAAAAAGAGUCCAAGGUGAAGAAGGAGGCGGAAGGAGACGAAAAAGAAGAAGACAUCGAUGAGAUUUGA